AUGUCGAUCCCCGCCGUGCCGCAGUCGUACCAGCUCUCCGACUACCUGGAGAAGCUGCCGGGCACCACCUUUAGGAAGCUGUACCAGCAGCCGUCGUCCGCCUUUGCCAUCUUCCGGCGUAUGCUGCCGCCGCUGGCCAAGGUCUUCGUCCAGGCGCUGCUGUACAUGCCGCAGCCGAUGCUGCUGUCCGACCUCGACGUCUGGGUGCGGCCCGAGGCGAAAAUGCAUCGCGACCGCGCCCUGUCUAUCCUCCGCUCCCUGCACAUCGUCCAGAUCACUCCUCCCGGCAAGGACCGGCCUCAGGAGGUCCAGCUGACGACCAACUUCCGCAACAGCCUACGCCUGGCUCUCGAGGGCGGCGCCGCCCACAACAGCUUCGGUGUGCCCAGCUCGCUGCCCGUCGAUCCGCGCAUCGACAUCGCCUUUCUGGAUAACUAUGCGCGUAAGAAGUGGGAGGAUAUCCUGCACUACGUGGUCAGCAGUGUUCCCGUGCACGGCGACGCCGGGCCGGGCGGCAUGGGCGGUGGCGGGCCCAAGGCCAGCGUCAAGGACUUGUUGCUCGCCGGCCGCCUCGUCGAGCGCCGCCCGGACACCAAAACCGGCAUUGGUAUCACCCAAGCCGGAUUUACCUUCCUUCUGCAAGAAGCCAACGCCCAAGUCUGGACGCUGCUCCUCCUCUGGCUAGAAGCCGCCGACCAAGCAAAAGCCGCGGCGGCCGCAGCCUCCGGAGUUGACCCCAAAAAUGCCCCCCCGACCAAGCCAGAUAGCAUCGAGAUGCUUUCUUUCCUCUUCAUGCUCGCUUCCCUCGAACUCGGCCGCGCCUACGAUACCGACGCGCUCUCCGAAACCCGGCGCAACAUGCUCCCAGCCCUGGUCGACUUCGGCCUGAUCUACAUCCCGCGCGAAGACACGCGGCAAUACUUCCCGACCCGGCUCGCUACGACGCUAACCUCGUCCGCAUCCGCCCUGCGUUCCGUUUCCUCCGGCUUCACCGCCGCAACCAACAACACCGCGAACGACGCCUCUUCCCUGGGGGGAGCCGACCCCUCCGCGCACAAGGGCUCCAUCAUCAUCGAGACGAACUACCGCCUCUACGCCUACACCUCCUCCCCACUGCAAAUUGCCGUACUCGCUCUCUUUACUCACCUCAACAUGCGCUUUGCCGGCAUGGUGACAGGCCGCUUGACACGGGAAUCCAUUCGGCGAGCCAUCAGCUUCGGCAUCACCGCCGACCAAAUCAUAUCCUACCUCGCCAGCCACGCACAUGAGCAGAUGGUUCGUGCCGCAGCCGCGGCAGGGAGGCCUGUUCUGCCGCCGACGGUGGUAGAUCAGAUCCGGCUGUGGCAGUUGGAGAAUGAGCGGAUGCGGACGAGCCCGGGGUUCUUGUUCAAGGAUUUUGAGAAUGUCGAGGAGUACAUGGCGCUGGCGGGCUAUGCCGAGGAGAUUGGGGUAUUGGUGUGGAGGAGCGAUCGGAAGAGGAUGUUUUUCGCGAGUAAGUUCGAGCAAUUGAGGGAUUAUUUGAAGAGUCGGAAGAAGGAGGGUUAA